AUGCUGUACUGGGAUGAUGGUGAAAGUAUUGUGAAAGAUUUUACAACUUACAACUACUUUUAUUGGUUAUUCGAAUUUGUACUCAGUGCUGACACGGCUACUUUGUAUAUCACUCCAAACCGUACUGCUGAUUAUUUUACAAUGGCUUCAGUUAGUGCGACGAACGAACUCUCAACGAUAUCUGAUGGGGACGACUUGCGAACAUAUGUUGUGUAUAAUGAUGAACGACGAAACGUGAACAGCAUUAUUGGCCUGUAUCCUUUAAUAAAUUACUCCGUACAAAACAAUGAUAACAUUGAUCGUCUACCAUUCUUCGGCAUCAGACAGUGUUUGCAAUUACAAAAUGCUUAUAAAAAUUAUGGGAUGGUUCGUACGAUAAAGGCUGUUCUAUUGGGUCACAAAAAUUCCACUGUUUAUGUAUUGAUCUUAAAAAAUGGAGCUGAUGAAGCGCAAAACUGGUCGAAAUUGCCAACGGUAUCGCUCUAUCCCGAUGAAGAUGAAAUUGACGGAAUGAAACGAUUAUUGGUUCAGGUUAUGGGACUUACAGAGGAAAGCGCAGAAGCAAUUUGCAAAGUACGGCAUGUUGUUGCAAAGUGGUGGCGUCCCAACUUUGAAAAAGAAAUUUAUCCUUAUAUUCCUUCACAUAUCACGAAACCAAAAGAGAUGAUAAAACUGAUCGCCGUUAAUCUUCCUAAGAGUGCAGUAUUUACAAUUCCGAAGAAUAGUUUAUUGAUCGCAGCUCCGCUUUUUGAAAUCUAUGAUAAUGUAAAUGAAUAUGGAGCUAUUAUUGCAAAUUUGCCGCAUGUUCUUGGCCG